GCCAAACUCCCCGACUCCCCAUUCUCGAUUAUUCCCCAACCACAAAGCCGCAAGCCUCAAACCACCAGGGCCCUACUUCUCACGGAAAUCAGAAGAAGCAAGGACGAGUGUACGACGAUUCAACGGACCACUUCGCGCCGCUGCUCUAGUGCUCUCGGCUCUCGCCUCUGGAGUGAAGCCGUGAAAAAUGGAAGGAGGAUGAAGGAUUGGGUGUUGACCUCUGCGGCUCCGCCACCAACGCCAGCGCAAGCUGCCAGGCCGCCACUGUCCCACAGCGACUCCGCGACCCGCCUCCCUUCCGGUCUAUAUUUUCUUGGGACCGGCCCUGCAUCAAACCUCACACCUUUACAAGUAAUCGUCAUCUUCGAUUAAUUACAAGCAUCUCUUCCCCAUAACUCUGCAUCUAUACAAAUCAACAAAUGCCAAAUUAUUUCUACAUACUCUACGUCUAUACGCAUACAUCAUAGCGGUUACAAGGUGCUCAUUUGAUCCGUUGCUAUUUCUAUUCCUUAAACCAGGAGGAGGACGUCUGGAAUCUAUAGGGACUUGGUGCUGCCUGACAGACUUUAUAGCCACUGCUUCUCCUUGAGGCAUGGAAUCCCAGACGGGCAAUACAACGGAGGACAUCUUCGACUCAUCUCUGAAUGUAGAGGACAUCUAUUACAAACAAGGACACACCGAUGGUUAUGCUGACGGCCUAUCAUCCGGUGUAGAGGAAGGUCGUCAGGUAGGCCUAAAAACUGGCUUUGAAACGGGCUUAGAAUUGGGCUUCUACAGAGGCUGUGUCGAUGUGUGGAGCUCCGCAAUCCGGCUAGAUCCAACCUGUUUCUCGACUCGUGUUCAGAAAAACAUCAAACAGAUUGAUGAAUUGCUCCAAAGGUACCCUAUAUCUGACCCCGAAAAUGAAUCUGUUACUGAUACUAUGGAGUCCUUGAGGAUGAAGUUCCGAGCUAUCUGUGCCACCCUCAACGUUAAGUUAGAGUAUGAGGGUUAUCCUAGGGCAUCCGAUUCUCAGAAAACUGGAUUUUGAUGGUAUAUUCUAUUCUAUACAGUAAAUGAUGUAUAUUGUUCACCUAAGUUUUGUAUUUUUUGUUUUCAAUUUAUGAAAAUCAGUUCAUGAUUGUUCUGAAUAGUGAAUUAAAUUGAGCAUCGAAGAGUCGUUUUUCA